AUGGAGGGCCACAAUCGGUUGUACAACGACUACUUUGCAGACUCCUCGGUGUACCCUGACUACAUUUUUCGUCGCAGGUUCAGGAUGAAACGUGACCUGUACUCAUACGAUGCUCCUGCAGAUUCUCUCGACGAGUGCCUCCGGGUAGGGGAGAGCACCAUCAUUGAGAGCAUGAGGCGGUUCGUGCGUGCUAUUGUCGAGGUGUUCGGUGACGAGUACCUCCGUGCUCCGAAUGAGGAGGACACUGCUCGAUUGCUGGAUAUGAACCAGCGUCAAGGGUUCCCCGGGAUGCUUGGAAGCAUUGAUUGCAUGCAUUGGAGGUGGAAGAACUGUCCCACGGUGUGGUCUGGUUCAUUGAACGACAUCAAUGUGCUCCACCGGUCACAUCUCCUCGACAACCUUGCUGCCGGUGUAGCACCCAAGGUACACUACUCUAUUAAUGGACACCAUUACACAAUGGGGUACUAUCUUGCAGACGGCAUCUAUCCGGAGUGGGUGACGUUUGUGAAGCCCAUACAAGCUCCAGUUGGCAGGAAGCGGCAACACUUCGUGGUGCAGCAGGUGGCUGCAUGA